AUGGCGCAGCCCAGCGCGACCACCGCCACAACCAGUCCGAGCUUCCUAUCCGAUUCGAUGAGCAGCUCGAAUUCCAGCAUGGACUCCUCGGACUUCACCAGCUCCUCUACGAGCGUGAAAGGCGCCGGCACGCUCUCCACCGCUGCUACCAUUACCAAGCGUAAAACCUUUCGCGAGAGGUCGCUGAAGACCCCGAAGCUGCCGGAGCCACCCAAGACCCACGAAGACCUUCUGCACCUGACACAAAUGUCGAGCUCGGCCAUCAUCCCUACCGACUACCCAAUCUUGAUCGCGCCCCCCGAGGACAUGCGCCGACUCAUGGGCGUGCCCCGACUGCGUCGUUUCACGGCGCUCGAGGCGCGACGGCGCAUGCGCAACGAGCUCGGACGCCUGCGCGCCAGCGUCUCGCAGAUGUGGUUCGUCUGCCUGCUGGUACUGGCCGCGCUGGCCGUUCCCGCGGGCCUGGUCAUCGCGCCGUUCAUCACGUUCGGCGGCUUGCGCCCGACCACCGCGAGGCCCGCCGGUUGGACGCGUCCGACGACGGCCUACCCGUGGAUCAACGUCUCGCGCGACUGCCUGCGACCGGUCAGGCUCAACGACGACAUCAAGCAGAUCAACAUACACAACACGACCCUGCAGGCCGUCGCGGCGCACCGGGGGGACGUGCUCUGCCUGUUCAACAACUCUCGAUUCCGCAAGGCCCACCUGUACGACUACGCACCGACGAGCAUGCCGCUGUCGCUUUGCAACAGCCUGCUCUACUGGUCGCUGGCCGUCGAAGACGGCGUCGUGCGGGACCGGGUGCCCGAGUUCGACGUGCACUACGGAGUCUGGAAGUUGCGCGAGCUCGUGCAGGGCUUGGCGAGGGGAGGCUCGCUGCCGCCGCUGCUCGUCGGUUUGGGCGGACACCGCGAGGACAGCGCGCACUUCUCGCGGAUGGGCCGGGAUUCGAUCCUGAUUAGCAAGUUCGCCGCCAGUCUGUUGCGCUUCAGCGACAAGCACGGCAUCGGAGGCGCCGUGAUUGACUGGAAGGACAUGGGCGGUGCGUGCGGCCACUCCGACGACUUCCUGUACCUCAGCCGAGUGCUCGCGGCCGUCGUGAGGCUGCGCAACCUGAACGCGGACGACUACGCCCUCGGCGUCAUCGUCCCGGCCGACACGGCUGUCGCGCGAGCCGUCACGCGAGUCGCCGCGAAGGCGACAGUCAGCUUCGUCAUCUACGAGACGCACCGGCUGCACCUCGACGACGUGGUACACAUGUGCUCCGCGGCCAGGGCCGACGCGAUCGCUCUGAUCGCCGACAUGCAGAGCGUCGCGGCGAUGGCGGCCAGGGUCACGCCCCCGGUUGCAACACCCAGGCUGUGCGUGUCGUUCACCGCCGGCCUGCCGGUGAGCCGGGCCUACGAAGCGAGUCCGCCCGCACCCGUCCUGGACUCCGUCCCCGUGGGGAACGUCAGCCUGACGCCCGGCGUCGUGGCCAUCUACGAGUUCUGCGCGCUCACGUCGGUCGCCCAGGUCUCCUCGUACGCGGCUCCCGGUCACUGCACCAGCAUUACGAAGCGACCCGUGGGCCACACGGCGCACGACGUCACGCUUCCUAGCGGCGCCGUGGUGACGGCGGGAACCGCCAUCGACGACUACUACGCCUUCGUGUCGCCGGCCACGAUUCGCGCCGAGUUCACCGCUACGGCCGCCGUCGACACCCGGCGCUGCGCGGCCGUGUACGACCUCGACUUCGACCUGUACAGGGGCGGCUGCGUCAACGUGCAGCCGCAUUUUGGCAUAAUGAACAUCCAGGCCGGUCUGCGGUGA